AUGGAAGGAAGUGGGGGAUUGGAGGAGGGGUUGUGGGGGAUUGGAUGGGGGGAUGUGGGGGAUUGGACGGGGGGAUGUGGGGGAUUGGAUGGGGGGAAGUGGGGGAUUGGACGGGGGGAAGUGGGGGAUUGGACGGGGGGAAGUGGGGGCGACGAGAGGGGGAAGUGGAGGCGACGGGAGGGGGAGGUGGAGGCGACGGGAAGGGGAAGUGGAGGCGAUGGGAAGGGGAAGUGGAGGCGACGAGAGGGGAUAGUGGGGGCGACGGGAGGGGGAAAUGGAGGCGACGGGAGGGGGAAGCGGAGGCGACGGGAGGGGGAAGUGGACGCGACGGGAGGGGGAAGUGGAGGCGAUGAGAGGGGGAAGCGGAGGCGACGAGAGGGGGUAGUGGGGAAUUGGACGGGAGGGGGAAGUGGAGGCGACGGGAGGGGCAAGUGUAGGCGACGCGAGGGGGAAGUGGAGGCGACGGGCAGCUCCUCCUCCCGCCGCGCUUCCCAUUUCCGCAUUCCCCCGCCCAUCGACGCGCCACCCGCUGUCGCGCCAAGGAUCCUUUCGUCGCGCAUCCUCUCGUGCCUCGCCUCCCAUCGUCGCGCCUCCUCGCCGCGCCUCCCGUCGUCAUGCCUCCCGUCGUUUCUGGGAGCCUCCGCUUGUCGCGCCUCCGCUCGCCUCGUCGCCCCUCUGCUCGCCUCGUCGCGCCUCCGCUCGCCUCGUCGCGCCUCCGCUCGCCUCGUCGCCCCUCCGCUCGCCUCGUCGCGCCUCUGCUCGCCUCGCCGCGCCUCCGCUCUCCUCGCCGCGCCUGCGCUCGCCUCCGCGCGCCUCCUCUCGCCUCGUCGCGCCUCUGCUCGCCUCGUCGCGCUUUCGCUCGCCUCGCCGUGCCCCCGCUCGCCUCGCCGCGCCUCCUUGCCAUCAGCGCGCCAACACCCUCAUUUCAUCCCCCCCCCUUCCCCUCAUUUCCCCCGCUCCUUCCCCUCAUUUCUCUCCCUGCUUCCCUUCAUUUCCCUUCCUGCUUCUCCUCAUUCCCCUCCCUGCUUCCCCUCGUUUCCCCCCCUGCUUCCCCUCAUUUCCCCCAUUGAUUCCCCUCAUUUCCCCCGUUGA